AUGGUGGCAGCCAUUGCUGUCCUAACUAAAGACGCUGGGAAGUUGACCUUGGGUCAGCCACUCACCAUCCUGGCACCCCAUGCAGUGGAGGCUUUGAUAAAACAGCCCCCUGACCGCUGGCUCUCAAAUUCCUGCAUGACCCACUACCAAGCCUUGCUACUGGAUGCGGAACGGGUCCAGUUUGGGCCCGUGGUCGCUCUCAACCCAGCCACUCUGCUUCCUUUGCCAGAGGAGGCAGAACAGCACGACUGUCUGCAGAUCCUUGCAGAAGUACAUGGAUCCAGACCAGACCUAUCGGACCGACCUCUCCAGGAUGCUGACCAUACGUGGUACACCGAUGGUAGCAGCUACUUGGUGAACGGGGAAUGGAAAGCUGGAGCCGCGGUCACUACCGAGGACAAAGUGAUCUGGGCAAGCACCUUGCCUGUUGGUACCUCCGCACAGCGGGCUGAACUCAUUGCCUUAACCCAGGCGCUCAAAAUGGCAGAAGGUAAGAGGCUGAAUGUAUAUACAGACAGCCGCUAUGCCUUUGCUACGGCACACAUCCAUGGAGAGAUCUACCGGAGAAGAGGGCUGCUCACAUCUGAGGGGCAUCAGAAGGGACACAGCCCCGAGGCACGGGGAAAUCGGCUAGCUGACUCAGCGCGUGAGGCCGCCAUGGGCACCCAAGUUCUGUCCUUAAAAGACCAAGAUCAACCCACGUCUCCACAGCUGGAACAGACCGGUUGGCUCUACACCACGGAGGACACAAAGCUCCUACAGAAAAUGGGGGCCGUUUGGUACCCACAGCUAAAACGGUGGGUCUACACAGGGAAAACUGUUAUGCCUAUGAAGAUGACCUUUGAAUUAAUCUCCUACCUACAUAAAUUAACACACCUGGGACUCAAGAAGAUGAAGACCCUCUUAAGACGAGAAGAGAUUGACACCUACCUCCUGGGACGAGAUCAGGCCUUGCGGGAGGUGACUGAAAGCUGCAGGGCCUGUGCUCAGGUAAACCCAGGAAAAGCUAAAAUUGGACAAGGAGUCUGUCCCCGAGGACAUCGGCCUGGUACCCACUGGGAAAUUGACUUCACUGAAAUCAAGCCUGGUAUGUACGGACACAAAUACCUCUUAGUGUUCAUAGAUACCUUCUCCGGAUGGGUAGAGGCUUUCCCCACGAAACAUGAAACGGCCAAGGUGGUGACCAAGAAGCUCCUCGAAGAAAUCUUCCCCAGCACAUCUUCAGGCCCUACAAAUCGUGCAGAGAGACAUCUGGAAACCUCUAGCCGCGGCCUACCAAGACAGGCUUGA